AUGAGAAGUUGCUUGUUUGUUUGGAAAGCCAAAAUCGGCGAAUUCCCGCGGGAGCGUGGGUUCAGCGGAAAGUGCAUCCCUGUCCGACUUCUACGGAAAAGUAGGGGGUGGUUGGGACGGAGCUGCUCUCACGUUUGGUCUAGUCACGAAACAAAUCGUCUGAUUGAGGGAACUGAACAAAAUAUCAAGACUUCGGGGUUAAUUGGAGGCGAGAUCGAGAUUACGAAAAACGCGCCAUGGUUAAGCGAGCGUCUGGAGCUUUUCAACCAGUAUUUUGAGGAGUACAAGAAGUCCCUUGCCGAGAAGCCGCGUGUGGACAUUACCAUCACCUUGCCCGAUGGUGCUGUCAAGACCGGAAAGUCGUGGGAGACGACUCCUCUCAUGAUUGCUGAGGGUAUCUCGAAGGGUUUAGCGCAGCAUGUGGUUUCCGCAAGAGUGCUGUACGAGGACGCCUCCAUCUGCUCUUCGUGCGUGAACACCGAGGAGCCGGAGGAGCGGGAGUCGUGCGAUGAGGAGGAAGGCGAGCUGUGGGAUCUGACGCGCCCUCUGGAGGGCAACUGCAAGCUGUGGCUGCUGAAGUUCGAGGACAAGGGCGGAAAGGCGACGUUCUGGCACAGCAGCGCGCACAUCCUGGGCGAGGCGAUGGAGAACCUGUACGGCGUGGACCUGUGCAUCGGCCCCGCGCUGACGGACGGGUUCUACUACGACGCGUACUUCGGGAAGAUGACGGUGAGCGAGGCGGAGUGCAAGGACAUCGAGGCGGAGGCGAACCGGAUCAUCAAGGAGAAGCAGCGGUUCGACCGGUGCGAGCUGACGAAGGCGCAGGCGCUGGAGCUGUUCAAGCACAACCCGUUCAAGACGAGCAUCAUUCGGAGCAAGGUCCCCGACGGCGCGACGACGACGGUGUACCGGUGCGGGUCGCUGAUUGAUCUGUGCAUGGGCCCGCAUCUGCCGUCGACGGCGCUGGUGAAGGGCUUCGCCGUGGUGAAGAACUCGGCGUGCUACUGGCUGGGCGACGCGGAGAACGACACGCUGCAGCGCGUGUACGGCAUCUCGUUCCCCGACGCGAAGGAGCUGAAGGAGUGGAAGAAGUUCCAGGAGGAGGCGAAGAAGAACGACCACCGCCGUCUCGGCGAGCAGCAGGACUUGUUCUUCUUCCACGAGCUGAGUCCCGGUAGCUGCUUCUUCCUGCCGAAGGGCGCGUACAUCUACAACAAGCUCAUCGAGUUCAUCCGGCACGAGUACCACGAGCGUGGCUACACGGAGGUGGUCUCGCCGAACGUGUACAACCUGGAGCUCUGGAACAUCAGCGGCCACGCCUCGCACUACCGCGACUCCAUGUUCCUGUUCAACUGCGACGACACCGAGUACGGGCUCAAGCCGAUGAACUGCCCGGGCCACUGCCUCAUGUUCAAGCACGCCAUGCACUCCUACCGCGAGCUCCCCAUCCGCUUCGCCGACUUCGGCGUGCUGCACCGCAACGAGCUCUCCGGCGCGCUCAACGGACUCACGCGCGUGCGCCGCUUCCAGCAGGACGACGCCCACAUCUUCUGCAGACCGGACCAGAUCAAGCAGGAGGUCAGCGGCGUGCUGGACUUCAUGCGACACGUGUACGGCAUCUUCGGCAUGAGCUUCAACCUGGAGCUCUCGACGCGCCCCAAGAAGGCCAUGGGCGAUCUGGCGCUGUGGCAGCAGGCCGAGGCCUCCCUCACCGAGUCGCUGAACGAGUUCAUCGGCGAGGGCAACUGGAAGGUGAACCCCGGCGACGGCGCGUUCUACGGACCCAAGAUCGACAUCAAGGUGAUGGACGCGCUGCACCGCGUGCACCAGACCGCCACCAUCCAGCUGGACUUCCAGCUGCCCAUCCGGUUCGAGCUGGAGUACAAGAAGGCGGACGGCUCGAUGGAGCGCCCGGUGAUGGUGCACCGCGCCAUUCUGGGAUCCGUGGAGCGAUCCUUCGCCAUCCUCCUCGAGCACUUCAAGGGAAAGUGGCCCUUCUGGCUGUCCCCGCGCCAGGCCAUCGUCAUCCCCGUCAACGCUACCUGCAUGGAGUAUGCCCAGAAGGUGCGACAGAGACUCUGGGACAACUACUUCCAAGCCGAGGUCGAUGACACCGGACGCACGCUCAACAAGAUGGUGAGAGAGGCACAGCUCGCUCAGUUUAACUAUAUUCUCGUGGUGGGAAACAAGGAGGCCGAGACCGACACCGUCACCAUUCGAAGUCGUAGCAAUGAAAUCAUUGGCACGAAGACGGUUGACGAGUGCAUUGCUAUGUUCAAGGAGAUGGAGAAGAACUAUCAGUAAGCUGUU